AUGAUUACCUGGCGCUGUCUAGCUCGUACCUCCCAGCUUGUUAAUAAGUACCAGAAGUAUGGUUUACUCGCAACGCAAGUUCGGCGGCUGAGUCUGCUCGAGCAUCACUCGCACAGGCUGUUGAAAGACUUCAAUCUUCCAGUUCCUAAAGGGUACCUAGUCACAACCCCCGAAGAAGCCGAAGAUGUCGUCUUCAACAUCAAUGCACCCUCCGUAAUCAAAGCCCAGAUCCUAGCCGGCGGCCGAGGCAAAGGAACCUUCGACAGCGACCAAAAAGGCGGCGUCCGCAUACCCAGACCCCGCGAAGCCUACCAAUCCGCCCUAAACAUGCUAAACCACAAACUAACAACAAAACAAACCCCACCGACCGGCCUCCCAGUACACAAACUCUACAUCUACAAAGCCGUCGACAUCACACACGAAUACUAUCUAGCAAUGACCUUCGACCGCCGUCGCAGCUCACCCAUAAUCCUUAUCUCCGACUCCGGCGGCGUCGACAUCGAAACCAGUAACCGACUCCACCAGCUAUGGUUCCAACUCGAUACUGGCAUCACGCCUGAAAUCGACUCGUAUAUUCAAGCCGAGCUUGGUUUCUCUGAUUCCGAGAUGGGGACUAUUCACCAAUUGCUGUGUGAUAUGGUUAGGCUAUUUCGGGAGAAGGACGCGACACUGCUGGAGUUGAAUCCGCUGGUGAAGACGACGCAGGGGUUUGUUUGUAUUGAUGCGAAGUUUGAGUUUGAUAACUCUGCUCGGUUCAGACAGGAGGCUCUUUUCGGGUGUGAGGAAGGGGAUGGGGAGAAGGAGGCGAAGGAGGCGGAGAAAUUGGGACUUUCGUAUGUGAAGCUUGAUGGGAAUAUUGGGAAUAUUGUGAAUGGGGCUGGUCUUGCGAUGGCGACUAAUGAUCUGAUUACUUUGGUUGGUGGGCGUUGUGCUAAUUUCUUGGAUGUUGGGGGUGGGGCGACGAGGGAAGGCCUGGUGAGGGCAUUCAAAAUUUUGUGGGGAGAUGAGAGGGUAAAGGGGGUUUUGAUCAAUAUUUAUGGAGGUAUCGUUCGUUGUGAUAUGAUCGCCGAGUCGAUUAUCGCUGCCGCCAAAGACAUUGGAGGGUUUAAAAUGCCUGUCGUGGUGAGAUUACAGGGGACAAAUUCCGACAAGGGACUAAAGUUGAUCCAAGAAUCAGGGUUGGAGCACUUGGUGGUAGAAGCCGAUUUCGAAAAAGCUGCCCAGGUUAUUGUUGAUCGGACGCCCAAAUUUGAAUAA